AUGGGUAAUAAACAAACAAAAAAGAUACAAUCAGUUUCACAAAUAUUUCCACAUAAUGUUGUCGAUCAGAAUCAGAAAUUUAAAUGUUAUCUAAUUGUGAAAGAUCAUCAUUAUUCAGUUGUGUUUGACCUUAAAGGUGAAUCGACACCUGAAUAUGUCAUUGGAAUAGAAUCACAUGUAGUUUUAUAUAAACGUACUUCCGAAAAGCCAACUGUCAAUCUUAAAUCGGUACGAAAUCAACUUAAAAGAGAGAGUCUCAAGAUUUUCAACCUAGGUUUGUUCCAACCAUCAAUUAUUCUGGAGCAAAGAGAGCAAGAUCUCACUGCACUAGAGUUCUUUCACUGGGCCAUGGUACGAUUUGGAUCAGAGUACAUUGGAGACGAAAGUGGAGAGUGGUCAAGGAAAUUCAAUUGCCAGACCUACGCAGAAUUCUUGGUGAAUGACAUGAGAUUAAAAUGGCCUAAAGAAGUAGAAAUAUCAACGGAGCCAUUUAAAUGUGGACAUGAUUGA